AUCUUCGAGCUAAUCAGUUGUAUGGAAAGAUUCCAAAUUCAGUCUCAAAUCUUUCCAAACUCAUCACACUUGAUCUCUCUCAUAACUCGUUCACUCAUAUACCAAUAGACCGUGGUAGUUUACAUCAACUUCAGAUGCUGAACUUGCAAGCCAAUCAGUUGAUGAAUAACUUGUCUGACCCCGGGGAAGACUUCCUAUCUUCCUUGGUAGCUUGUAAGAAUCUCAAUUCUAUACACAUCUCGUUUAAUCCUAUUACUGGUGUUCUCCCCAAAUCCUUAGGCUCGAGUAAUCUGUCUACCUCCCUUGAAACCUUCAAGGCUUUCUCUUGCAGAUUGUCAUAUCCAAUCCCUGAUGAGAUAGGGAACUUAAGAAGCUUGAGGAAUUUGGGAAUCUGAGGCAAUAGGUUUCACGGCUCCAUCUUCCCUGUCCUGUGCAAUCUCAAACAUCUCUACUCAUUAAAUGUUGCCAUGAACAGUCUAUCUGGACAGCUACCAAGCUGUUUUGGGAACCUUUCUUCGUUGAGAGAAAUCUGUAUGUCAGAUAAUGAAUUCAAUGGUAACAUUGCUUCAAUUUUAUGGCUUCUUAAGGGUGUUAACCUGGUAGCACUGGACUUAUCUAGAAAUCAGCUUUCUGGAGAAAUUCCAAGCACCAUUUCACAGCUUGAGAAUCUAGUUAGACUAUCAUUGUCGAGUAACAAACUGAAAGGCCCCAUACUUGAAUCGCUUACGGCUUUGAAGGAUCUGCAAUACUUGGAUUUGUCCCACAACAAUCUCUCUGGUGUGAUUCCUAAGUCUAUGGAGGCACUUUCGCAUCUUCAUUACUUUGAUGUCUCGUUUAAUGGGCUUAGAGGUGAAAUUCCAGACAGAGGGUGUUAUGUCAACUUCACAUCUGAGUUUUUCAUUGGUAAUAAUGGUUUGUGUGGAUCACCUCGAUUUGAAGUGAAGAAAUGCCAAUCCUUAAGUACGAGAAAACGUUUAUCAUAUUUAUCAUUUUUUACAGUCCUUGUUAUUGGCCUGGUGUGGAAAUUUUCUGCAAGAAAGCCAUCUCCUUUGUCUGAUGAAGUUGGACAGGAUAAGUUUAGGGGGAUUUCAUAUCAAGCAAUCGUUUGUGCUACAGACAACUUUGAUGAUAGAAACAUGAUUGGUAAGGGUGGCAUUGGCUGAGUGUACAUGGGAAGAUUUUCUGAUAAAAAUGUUUAUGCUAUUAAAGUUUAUGAUUUAGAUGUACAAGAUGCAUUGAAGAGCUUCCACAGAGUGCAGAGUAUUGAGCAAAGUACGCCACAAAAAUAUUGUCAAGAUGAUCGAUUGUUGUUCCCAGAUUGAUUUUAUGGCAUUGGUGAUGGAAUACAUGCCCAACGGCGAUCUAGAAAACUGGCUCUACUCAUCCAGCUGUUCCUUAGGCUUAUUUACAAGAUUGAGAAUAACGACAGAAGUAGCGUGUGCAAUACAGUAUUUACAUGAAUUCUCUACAGUCCCCAUUGUCCAUUGUGACUUGAACCCGAAAAACAUCUUUCUUGGAGAUGAUUUGGUCGUACAUGUAGGCGACUUCGGGAUUUCCAAGUUCUUGAGUGAAGAAGAGAGAAUGCUACGUUCGAGGACUUUGGGUACUGUUGGAUAUGUUGCACCAGAGUAUGGAUUGCAAGGAUUAAUCAUGACCACAAUGGACAUUUAUAGCUACGGGGUUUUUGCUGAUGGAAAUGCUUUCAAGAAGAAAGCCUACAGAUGAGAUGCUUUCAGGAGAGUUAUCCUUGAGGAGAUGGAUCUCUGAAUCAUUCCCUGAUUCAGUAUUGCAAAUUUUGGAUAAUGAGAUGCUGGACAAAGGCGAUGAAGAAGCUAGAGUUGUCUUCAGACCUUUCUUGACAUCAGCUAUUGAAUUGGCCCUAGAAUGCACAGCAGAUAUGCCCGAGGAGAGGCCUAGUAUCACAUAUGUUCUAAACAGGAUAACAGAUGUUCUAAGCAGCAUGAGAAAGAUCCUGAUCCAGUUAAAAAACCUAGGAAUGUCUCUCUCUCUCUCUCUCUCUCUCUCUUAUUGAUUCUGAUCAAGCUGGUAACUGUCUAUUGUCGGGAUAACUGUCCAUCCCGAGGUAGAUGUCACCCUUGGGUGAUGACACGAGAUUUUAUCAGAUGUCUUUUUGUGUUAAGUGAAGAGAGAGAAUAUAUUUUUAUAUUACUGUGAGAGAUGACUUUUUCUGAAAAGGGAAAUGUGACAUUUUUUGUAGAACAAACUAAAAAUGAAAGUUUAACAUCUACCUUGGGAACGUGGGAGUAUUUUUUUAAGAAGUACUACAUUAAAGAAUAGUAGAUCUAACAUUCAUUGAAGUAUUGUCUAAAUUCGUUGGGUCAUAGAGCAAAUUCCUUAGUAGUUCAAAAAUACCUACAAAUCUUUUAGAAUGUGUAGUACUAAUAAUGAAAAGCAAAAUUUAGUGGUUGUCAUGUGGAAGUGGACCAACCUUUUAGUAAAUGAUUUGAAGCCACAAUAAUGUCUUUUUGAAGUUCAUCAUUAGUUUUAUAAAAUUUCUCUGUAUCUAUUUAUCUAUGUAUCUAUCUUGUGCUCAUUUUUCCAUCUUGGUUUAUCUUGAUCUACAAAAAUCUUACACAUUAACUUCUUAAUCUUGGUCACUUGUUUUUCAAACUUGGUUUAGUUUGAGUUGCAAAAUCUUCUCAACUUCUUAACUGUGAUCAGCAAAGAUGGCUUAUGCUGCUGUUCUUUCCCUUGCCCAAACUGCAGGAAAAAUGAUCUUGGAUCAAGAUAGAUACCCCAUUUCUCGUAAUAAAAAACAGCAAAUCCGAUCUAUCUAUGAACCAUUUAUAUUCUUGCAAGAGUUCCUUGAAGAUUUUCCAGAGAAGGCCUACAUUUUGGAUGGGCGAAUCCGAGAUUUAGCAUAUGAAGCAGAAGGUAUUCUUGAGUGUUUCAUGUUGGGGGAAGCUAAAUCACAUUGGUGGACAGUUUUAGCUUCCAAAUCCAAGUUUAAACACCAAAUGGGGAAGAUCAGAGCACAAGCAGAUUCAAUCACAAGGGAAGUGAUGGCCAUGAAGAAUAAUAGCUCAGAUGCAGCGCAACAUGGUGAUUCUUCCGUAGCAGGUUCGCCUUCUAGACUUGCUCCAGUUACGAAGAUUGAAUAUAUGGUUGGUUUACAUGAAGGUUUGGUGGAAAUAAAGUCACGACUCUGCGGAGAAUCAUCCAAUUUACAAGUUAUUUCAAUCGUUGGAAUGGGGGGCAUUGGUAAAACUACUCUUGCAAAGUGUGCUUACGAUGAUCCACUUACGGUGCAGCAUUUUGACAUCCGUGCUUGGGUCACAGUAUCACUGGACUACAAUGCAGAGGCAAUCUUUUCAAGCCUCCUAGCUUCCAUGGAAGAAUUCAACACAGAAAGAUCUGAGCGGACUAGUGAAAACGUGUUCAAAAUAUUGAAAUACAGGAGGUAUCUCAUUGUAAUGGAUGAUAUUUGGAGUACGGAGGCUUGGGAUGAUGUAAGAUGUAUACUUCCCGAUGAUGGGAAUGGAAGCAGAGUCAUGUUAAAGACUAGAGAAACUGAUGUGGCUGCUUAUGCUGAUCGUUUGAGCCCUCUUCACGAGAUGCGUUUGAUGGAUGAGGGUCAAAGUUGGAAUCUACUUCGUCAGAUGGUGUUUGCACAUCAAGAUUGUCCUCCCGAAUUGGAGAAUAUUGGAAAAGAGGUAGCGAGGUGCUGCAAAGGGCUGCCCCUCACAAUCGUGGUUGUUGCUGGGAUACUAUCCACAAUGGAAAACAAUCUAGCUUCAUGGAGAAAAAUUGCACAAGAUGUAAAUUCAGUUACUGUAGGAGGACAAUGUGAAAAGAUAUUGUCUUUGAGUUACACCCAUUUGCCUCAUUAUCUGAGGUCAUGCUUCUUGUACAUGGGAGGCUUUCCAGAAGAUUAUGAAGUCUCUGUCUCAAAACUCAUCAGAUUAUGGGUAGCUGAGGGAUUCUUGAGACACCCGAAGAGAUCUAAAACCUUGGAAGAAGAGGCAGGGGAGUGCUUGGAGGAUCUUGUCCAGAGAAAUCUUGUUUUAGUCACCAAGAGAAAGUGUGAUGGAAGGAUCAAAAGCUGCAGCCUCCAUGAUCUGAUGCGAGAUUUGUGCAUAAAAAAAGCACACGAAGAGAAGUUUCUUAUGAAUCUCAGUAGCCGGAAUGUGACAAACUUCAUUUCAGUUGAGGGAAAAAACAAUCAGCGACGUGUAAGUAUAACUCCUUCGAGUUUACCACACUUUUCAAAAAUUUCCUGCCUAAGUACCAUCCAUACGAUUUUGUGCUUUCAUCGCAUUUCAGUAGCAAGCACUUUGGAAAGAUUUAGAUUAUUGAGGGUGUUAGAUGCAAGAGAUGUUUAUGUUUCAUCAUUACCAGGUGAACUAUUCGACCUGUUUCAUCUGGUAUACCUAGCUAUCUACUAUCUUGGAGGGCUUCCUUCAGCAAUUUCAAAGCUUCGCAGUCUUCAAACUUUACACCUUCGUGCAAAGAACGAAUGGAAGCUUUUUAGAUUCCAUUGUGUCUGCUUGCCACCGGCAAUUUGGAUGAUGCCACAGUUAAGACAUCUUGUCUUCUAUGGCAGGUUACCUGAUCCGGAAGGAAGAACAACCCCUGGUCUAGAUAACCUCCAAACACUUUCUAUAGUGUCACAUGCCAUGUGCAGUGAAAGGGUUUUGAGAAUGAUCCGAAACCUUAAGAAGUUAGAGAUCGAUUGCUCUGAUUGUGAAGUUUGUCUGAACAAUUUGGUACAUCUGCAUCAACUUGAAGAUUUGAAGUUACGUUCAUCUUCUAGUAAUGCAUUUUACCAAAAGGAUAUGUUCACCUUUCCUAGGAUGCUGAAAAGGCUGACCUUAAGCCGCGUGCCUCUUCCUUGGGACGAGAUGACUAUUGUUGGUUCAUUGUCAAAUCUUCGGGUGCUCAAACUAACUCAUCAGGCUUGCAAAGGCAAGAAAUGGGAAACAACUGAAGGAGAGUUCCCUCUUUUGGAAUUUCUGCUGAUAGAAAAGUCAGAUAUCUGUCUUUGGAUAACUGAAAGUAGCCACUUCCCGAUGCUGAAGCGCCUGGUGCUCGAUGACUGUUGGCAGCUUGCUGAGAUACCUGAAGAUAUCGGAGAAAUUCCAACCCUUGAGCUGAUUGAGGUGAAGGGAAAAGCAGUAAUGUCGCUUGUGGAGUCGGUCAAGCGGAUUCUAGAGGAACAACAGGGAUGGGGAAAUGAUGCCCUUCAAAUUCGUUGCAUGACUCAUCGGUGAAUCUGCUGGUGAUCAGGAUCGUUACUUGGUGAUGUUUAUUAAAGCAAGAUUCAUGAUUCUUCUACGUUUUUUUUCAAGCUUCAGGUGUUCGAGAAAAUGCCAGAAAAAUAAGUGCCCAGCAGGUGUUCGAGGAAUUGCCACUAAGUUAAAGGACAGAGGGAACAUGAAUUUUUGGGGAUUGAUAUGAGAUCACUCCUCUCCAGCUCCCUAAUCAGAUCAUGGAGGCUACAACUUUUGAUUCUCCCAUCAGAUUUCCAAUUUGUGACAAAAACAAGGUUUCUCUUCACAAGUUCCUCCAAACACUCUUCAGCCACCUCUUCAAAGCUCUUGGUGUUGAU